CCCUUCCCUGCCCUCUCCAGUUUAGUAAUUCAAGAUGCCUCACCAAUACCCAGCCUUGACCCCUGAGCAGAAGAAGGAGUUGGCGGAGAUUGCCCACCGUAUUGUGGCCAAAGGCAAAGGCAUCCUUGCUGCUGAUGAAUCCACUGGCAGCAUUGCCAAGCGCCUCCAGUCCAUCGGCGCUGAGAAUACCGAAGAGAACCGCCGCUUCUACAGGCAGCUGCUGUUCACUGCAGAUGAACGUGUCAACCCUUGCAUUGGUGGAGUUAUCCUCUUCCAUGAGACCAUGUACCAAAAGGCUGAUGAUGGACGCCAGUUCACCCAGGUCAUUAAGGACAAGGGUGCCGUUGUUGGCAUCAAGGUUGACAAAGGUGUUGUGCCUCUUGCUGGGACUAAUGGAGAGACCACCACCCAGGGUCUGGAUGGCUUGUCUGAACGUUGUGCCCAGUACAAGAAGGAUGGUGCUGACUUUGCUAAGUGGCGCUGCGUCCUGAAGAUCACUCCAACCACCCCAUCCCACCUGGCCAUCAUUGAGAAUGCCAACGUGCUCGCCCGUUAUGCCAGCAUCUGCCAGCAGAACGGGAUUGUUCCUAUUGUGGAGCCUGAAAUCCUCCCUGACGGUGACCACGAUCUCAAACGCUGCCAAUACGUGACAGAGAAGGUUCUGGCUGCUGUGUACAAGGCCUUGAGCGACCACCACAUUUACCUGGAGGGGAGCCUGCUCAAGCCAAACAUGGUGACACCUGGCCACGCCUGCACCCAGAAAUACUCUGCUGAGGAAAUCGCCAUGGCAACUGUUACUGCCCUGCGCCGCACCGUGCCCCCAGCUGUGACUGGCAUCACCUUCCUGUCUGGUGGCCAGAGUGAGGAAGAGGCCUCCAUCAACCUGAACGCCAUCAACACGUGCCCCCUGCACAGGCCAUGGGCCAUGACCUUCUCCUAUGGCCGUGCCCUGCAAGCUUCUGCCCUCAAGGCCUGGGGUGGCAAGAAAGAGAACCUCAAGAAUGCUCAGGAGGAAUACAUCAAGCGUGCUUUGGCCAACAGCCUUGCUUGCCAGGGCAAAUACGUUGCAUCUGGCAAAGGUGGAGCUGCUGCAACUGAAUCCCUCUUCGUAUCCAACCAUGCUUAUUAAAAUCAGAGGCCUGGUUGCAUUGUCUGCUCUCGUUGUUACAUUGUGCCUGAGCUACUGUGGCGUCUUAUUGUUCAUUUUCCACCCAUUCCCCUCCCCUGCCUUUCCUGCCAACUUCUCUUGUAAGGGGAAGGUGUGAACCUUUGCCCUUGCCUGGAAAGAACCCAGAAGUCUUGGCUUGUUCCUUUCUCUAACGUACUCCCACCACCACCUCCUUUGUAUACCUCUGUACGUGAUGUCCAGCUUCUCCUUCUGGUGACCGACAACACUCCUGGUCCGUGGCCAAAACACCGAAAUGUCUCCGGAGCUGGGACACCUGACUCGCGGACCUCUAGAAAUAAAGAGUAUCUAUUUAAACAUUGCAA